AUGUAUGCAAGCACAGUCGGCCACCUGGCAUGCUUGCGUUUCUUGUUCCGAACAGAAAUUCCAGUUCGGGUAGAACCAUGUAAGAAAACGGAUGUUGUUGACGAUGAAGAUGAUGAUGAUGAUGAUAAUGAUGAUGAUGACGACUAUGAUCACGAUGAUGACGACGACGAUGAUGAAGAUGAUGAUGACGACGAUGAUGAUGAUGACGAUGAUGAUGAUGAUGAUGAUGAUGAUGAUGAUGAAGAUGAUCAUGAUGACGAUGAUGAUGAUGAUGAUUAUGAUGACGAAUAG